CAACAACCACAACACAUUUUCUUUGGCGCACAGUGAUGACAAGCCCUCUGGCGUCAUAAACUGCGUCGCACAUGUCAUGCUGUAGCGGGUUAGUUUUCUAACAGCGUGUCCAGGUAAAGUGUGCAUUAUAAUUAUAGGCAACAUGUCUUGUGGAGAUCUUGAUCACGAACACGGCACAGACUGCGGGGCUAUGAGCCAGCCCAAACUGGAAAGUUUUCUCUUCAGCUGCGAACUCUCCUCCAAAGUACCGUUUUACACUUUCCAAGGGGAUGAGGAGGAAGACUUGGAACACUUUCUUGAAUUACGCACGGUUUGCAUUGGAGAGGGGGCCAAAGAAGAGAGCAAUGUAGUGGAGGUAACGGCUAAGAACCACCUUGGAAAGACCAUUUCAGUGCCUAUCGCCCACCUCCACAUCAACUGCCUGCCUAUGGUAAGUCUAGGAGAGUUUGAACUGAAGGCCCCAAUAACCAUUCGGCUAAAGGCUGGGACCGGACCUGUCACUGUUAGCGGUUUGCACCUUAUCGCGUCUGAGGCUUCAGAGGCCGACUCUGAAGAAGAGGACGAUGACGAGGAGAUGGACGAAGAGAUCGUCCCCAUAAUGCCAGCUAAGAAGAAGCAGAAGUCCUAGUGGCGUGCAGGUCUUUGGAACUGAGAGUCAUCGUUCUUUUUUUUAUUAAUACCAUGCCCCUUGUUGUUUAUUACCUUUCAAACGGGUUUAUUCCUUCUAUGAACUUCAACAAGGAUUACUGUCUGGGGAAGGCGGACUGUGUUUUGUGAGCCCUGUUUCCUUAUGGGACUGUUGGCCUUCUCCUAUCACCUCCAUCUUCAGUCCAUCUUAUGCCAGCUCUGGUUUAGAGCUCACUUCGCAACCAGCUGUACUUGACUGCGGGCAGGUAAUGUUUUUCAUUCAGACGAACAUGUGUUUUUUGUUAUGAUUUUUAUCAAAUGAAAGGUGUUUUAUAGUGGGUGUGUGAGGAGCAUUGUGAUAAUAAAACCACAUUUUUACGAAUGUGUAUGCAAAGUACAA